AUGAACUAGAUCGCGACCUGACGAGAAAAAGUGUAUCACUUCAUCACAUAACAUUUCGCAUUUAAUUGGAACGUAAAUUGUGUGCCCCGUCGAGACAGGAGUUUUGUCCCGGAAAAAUCGAGUGCGGAGGAGUGGCGUGUAGGAGUGAACGCCAAGAAGGAGCACUCCCACGUCGAAUCAAACGCAUAGAACGAAUCCGAAACCGAAUCCUACACCCCCCCUACAUGCGAUUGAUUUGAUUGAUUGAGAGCACGAGACCACGAGUUCUGGGCGAUGCACUCGUCACUCAGCUGGACCUCGCGUGUGAUCUCUCGCGCCCUGCGCAGCAGUUUCUCCACGCUCCUGGAAACGGCCACGGGCGGCGGAGGAGGGGCGGCAGCAAAGGGGGCCACCAAGUCGGGAGCGGGAGCAGGAUCCUCGGGCUCCCCGCGACCCCGUUUCGUAUCUGUGGUGUGCGGCUUCGCCAAGGACAACCUGCGACACAAGUACAAGCCGGGAAAGUACGGCGAGGAUUCAUGGUUCAAGGCCUCCACCGCCAGUGCGGAUGUUAUGGGCGUGGCCGACGGCGUGGGCGGCUGGCGAAGUUAUGGUAUCGAUCCCGGGGAGUUUUCAUCGUUCCUGAUGCGCACCUGCGAGCGGUUGGUGCAGUGCAGCCACUUCAAUCCCCAACGGCCGGUUAACUUGCUGGCCUACAGCUACUGCGAGCUGAUGGAGCAAAAGAAGCCCAUUCUGGGCAGCAGUACCGCCUGCGUCCUGAUCCUCAACCGUGAGACGAGCACCGUGCACACGGCCAAUAUCGGCGACAGCGGUUUCAUUGUGGUGCGAGAGGGCCAGGUGGUGCACAAGUCAGAGGAGCAGCAGCACUAUUUCAACACACCCUUCCAACUGUCAUUGCCGCCACCGGGACAUGGCCCAAAUGUCCUCAGCGACAGCCCUGAGUCGGCGGACACCAUGAGCUUUCCGGUGCGGGACGGCGACGUGAUUCUCAUUGCCACCGACGGAGUGUUCGACAACGUGCCCGAGGAUCUGAUGCUGCAGGUGCUUAGCGAGGUGGAGGGCGAACGCGAUCCCGUCAAGCUGCAGAUGACGGCCAACAGCCUGGCGCUGAUGGCGCGUACCCUCUCCCUCAACAGCGAGUUCCUCUCGCCCUUCGCUCUCAGCGCUAGGAGGAAUAAUAUCCAGGCGCGUGGCGGCAAGCCGGACGACAUCACCGUUGUCCUGGCCACCGUGGCGAUGUGAGAGUGGUGCUCCGAAUCAUCCUCCCUAGUGAUUAACGUUUACUUGUAGUCCGUACGUGUUUAGUUAGCUUUAGGAGCCUGUUUCGUGGUUCUGUCUACCGUUUAAGCUGCAUGUUGAGAUUGAGAUUGUGAUUGACGAGGACGACGACGACCCUUUGACCCCUUGAAUUGUUAGUUACAUAUAUACGAGCCAACUCAUUUUCGAACCGACGAACUUCGACGCAUCCUGGUGAGCGACCCACGCCUUGAUUGUAUACAUAACCCUCGCUAUAAGUAGAGAAAUGCGAAUUAUCUGCUAGAUCUGGCGAUCUCUGUCGUCAGUGGCGCUCUAAUCACCACAAACAAUAAACAAACAACCGAUUGCGAAACAAUCCCCGAGACCGAGGAUCAUAAAUACGAGUCCGGGGUCCGGAUGAUGGAAGGUGGACCCGGAAUGGAGCGAGUCGAGUGCAGCUAUCUGACUGAGGACGGAGGAUUACCCAUUUACCCGGGCGAACGAACUGUCUUUAAACAAUUUUUGUCGAAAUGUACUCACUGAUAUUUGCGACCCAAUAAAAUUAUUCAAUGAAAAACAA